AUGUUUAGUUCCACACGGGCGACGCUGAAAACUGCCACCGCCACUAUCUGUCUCAAUGGCGGGGCGAGACGAUUACAUACGUCCUCCUUCGAGGUAUUCCGUGAUGUACCCUCCCUGCGUGACCGACGACGUCAGCUGCAAAAGUCAAUGCGAACAGUCGGCUUAGUUCCUACGAUGGGCGCUUUGCAUGACGGUCACAUGUCUCUGAUUCGACAAGCUGCUGCGGAAAACUCGGAUAUUUUCGUGAGCAUAUAUGUCAACCCGACCCAAUUUGGUGUGAACGAGGACCUGGCCAGUUACCCACGGACAUGGGAGGCAGACUUGGAGAAGCUUGAGAAGCUUAAUACCGAACUGAAGCAAGGAGGAAGUUCGUCCGGUGGCUCGGGAGGAGGAACCAUCACUGCGAUCUUUGCGCCAACCGGAAAAGAAAUGUAUCCAACACUGCCGCCGUCGUCAGAAAUCAAUGGACAUGGUUCGUUUGUUACAAUUACACCGCUUGCUACCAAGCUAGAAGGAGCAUCUCGGCCUGUGUUUUUUAGGGGUGUUGCGACAAUCUGCACCAAACUAUUCAACAUUGUCAAGCCGGACCGAGUGUACUUUGGUCAAAAGGACGUGCAACAAUGUGUUAUUAUCAAGCGAAUGGUUAAGGAUUUCCACAUUGAUACAGACGUGCGCAUUGGACCCACCGUUCGCCAACCGGAUGGAUUGGCAUUGAGUUCGCGGAAUGCAUAUCUGGGCACCCGGCGAAGGGCCGUUGGCCUUGUGCUAUCGCAGGCAUUGCACGCGGCAGAAAAGGCUCACAGGGAUGGCAAAGUUUCCCGGCAACAUAUACUGGGAGCUGCGAGGAAAGUCACAGAUGCCAAACUAUCGGAACAAAAGGGAUUGAAGCCAUCGGACCGAGCGCUGUUUGAAGUGGACUACAUCUCCCUUGCGGAUCCGGAGUCGCUUGAUGAGGUUGAUACCAUUGAUACUAGUCGAGGGGCUAUCUUGAGUGGUGCAGUGAAAAUGCUGCCGAUUGAAGAAGCUCAAACAGGCGAAAAGCUAGGGGUUGGCGAUGAUAAGAUUGCGGUACGUCUGAUUGAUAACAUCAUACUUUCGCCGCGGAAGUGA